AUGACCACAAUUUCACAAAUAGCUUCUUCACAGGCAAAAUACUGGCAUGUUGACAGCAUUGUGGAGAAGUGCCUGGUUCUGGUGGACCUGAAUAGUGCUGCGAUUCUGCAGUCGACAGAAUUCACCGACAUCUCACAGGAUACACUGCAGAAAAUUCUGAAGCGUGAUACGCUAUCGGCCGAGGAAAACGAGAUCUAUUUGGCUGCGGAAAGGUGGGCAGAGGCGGCCUGCGCUCGCAACGCCUUGGAUGCAUCUGGCGCUAAUCGGCGCCAGAUGUUGGGUGACGCUUUGUGCCUUGUGCGCUUUCCGCUCUUGACUGGCACGCAACUGGCUGAUGGUCCCGGCAAGAGCGGUCUGCUGAGCGAAGGGGAGCUGCUUAGCGUGCUUUUGUACCAGAACGCUACAGUGAAGCCACAAAAUCUGGCUUUUCCCACAGCGUGCCGGACGGGAGUGUGCAUAGGGUUCACCAAGGGAGAUGAAGUAUUUGUGGAAUCUUCAGGCUAUGCAGGAUCUUGGUGGGAGCCAGCGACCAUAUGCGCGGUCGAGCGGGAACGUGUUUCGUUUACGUGGUGUCGAACCGGAAUGAAAGGAGCUGCCACGCCAGACAAGAUGAUCCCCAUAAAAGACAUCCUGAAAAAAGACCAAGCGGUUUAUGCGUUUUCGAACGGGUACGUACAGUACCAGCACGCAUCGCUGGAUGGGCAGCAUCACAUUUCUGGACAGAAUGGAUGGCGAAUUGUCAAACUAGCGGAUUUAAUGCUGCCCGGAGCUGAUGUGGCGUUAUGGAAGGCGCGCAAUGGAAAAUAAACUGAGAAGUUGCGAGUAAGCUUCCUUGGUAUUGUCCUAUCUUCAAGGCACGUUUUUUUAUUUCUCUCGUUUAUUUAUUUCGCUUGGGACAGCUUCUAGUUCUUUUAUUUGGCGCGAGCAUGUCUGUUUUUUCAGCCUUGCUUGGAAUGUUAUUGUUUUCCGUAUUGAAAUAAUGGCUUUGUGG